CACAAAAUGCAGAGUGGAUGUCGAGAUGGAUCGCAGUAAAGACGGACUAUUGGUGUCAUUUUUAUCAGGAGCGCAAAAGAGACUGUCAAAAUCGUGACACCAUUCCAAAUAGCAUUUCGUGGUCCACUUCAGUACCCCCAAGCAAGUAAGUGCAGAGGAGCCUUGAAUCUCAGGUGCAUGAGCAUCAUACCGAAAAAGAACCAUGCUAGGUAGAUUUCGGUAUCAUCACCUGUGUUGUAUCUUCGUCAAGCGUUAACGAAUCCAGCCAAAACAAGACAUGAAUCCUUCCUCCACUCUCCUACCGGGUGAUCAGCAAACCCAAUACAAUGCCACGGAGACGGCUAAACAGCGCGUCGACAGACAUCUACAGAACCAAGGCUCAGGACCGAAAAGCAGAGUGCUGGGAUUGACAUUGAUGUUAUGCUGAUGGAAUACGAAUAACACGAUGAAGGGAUUUGGAUUCUAGUCUGUAAUAUUAAGGCUACCGCUGGACCAUCCUCAACAUCAUCCUUGGCCCAUUUUUCAAGGAGAAAAAGGGACCAGGGAGGUUCUCGGGGAUGCGAGCGCGGUAGCUCUAAUAAUAGGACAAAACAUAUAGAAAGAGCACUCAACAUGAUUUACCCCGAUCAUGAAUUUCAAAUUUGGACAGUCAUAACAAAGUUUCUCUUUCCACCAAUCUGGGACCUUCUAACCCCCGUCCUAGUACCAUGGGGCUUUUUUGCCGGAGUGAGCAUGCUAUUUUCAUUCGCCUAUCACUGGUACCCUGGGCUCACUGGCUUGCUCACAGGGGCCCUCGCUUUUGUUGCGAUGCUGCUAGUCAUGGUUGACUACCGAAACAAAGCAGUUGGAGGCAGAUGGUGCUUGAUCUGUACUAGACGUGAUUUAAAGUUCUUCAAGAGAACUUCUACAACAAGCAUUCAUAAUUCUCCAACACUUUAAUACAGUUCAACAUGGACGAUGGAAUUGUCCGUUUACAGUUCAACAAGGGGAACUUAGAGUACUUCUAUGGACGAGUGAUUGUUCUACAUAUGAUGUCCGCCUACCUCGACAUGCCAUUCCUCUCACCCCAUCCUCAUCCACCCCAUCUAAUUAAGUUCUGGACUUACACCUCGUGCUAGGUAAAUGAGUGAAUGAAUGAAAGGUACAUACCCCAUCCCCAUUCCAUCCUUAUCCCCCACCAGGUACAUGAAACUCGGGCUUUUGAGUUUUGCGUCGCUUCUUCUGGGCAUAUUCGCGUCUCUAUACACGUACCAUUACUACUUCGGCAACUACUGGUCGUACAAGGAAAACGCAGAGUACAUCAACGUGCUGCCAAGCGAAGCCGCCAGUGCCCACGCAGAUGCGGGAAAGAUCCUAUUUACAGUGGAUACCAAGGUAUAUGAGAGAGUCUUAGUAGUUGCGAGUAUGCUUAUGAUCUUGGUUACAGUGGAUACCAAGGUAUAUGUGAGUCUUAGUUGCGAGUACUUAUGCUCAUCUCAGAUUUGUCUCUUAGAUAGUAUGCACUAAACGUAGUUUCUUCUCUACUGCUGGUGGGUGCUUCCCGAAUGGAAGAUUACUACUGUUAGAUUGAUGAAAUUCCCAACAUCAACAUAGGUAGCCACGGAGAAAACCUUGGGCUACCGGAUAAAAGACAUGUAUUGCGUGGCGCCUAUCAUGGACUACGCAACGACAACAAUACAGUAUUGUUAUGGCAAGUUGUCUUGUUCUAUAUUUUCGCACGAAUGCCACUGCUAAAAGUAACGUACAGUAGUAGAUUUUACCCUCCACAUCUCUGCCUUCCCUUUUCUAACCUCCGGCAGUCGGCACCAACUGUUGCCACGCUAGAUCAAAUUUCGCAUGCGACGACGUUUGGAACCCAAGAGCCCGAAGUGCCGUAGUGGUGUUGGAUAAUCGAGGGUUCUUCCCAUCCGUACACUCAAUAUACAAGAAAGCAGCGGAACAGGCAUGUGCGGAGUACUUUUGUUUAGAUCAUGUGUUGUAUGUAGUUCAUGGAGUCGCUUGUAUGCUCACGUGUUUUUUGCUUUGCUCAAGUUAGAAGCUGGUAGUCUUUUAAGAAAGAAGACAAGAAUUUUGAUAGCUGCAACUGACAACACUGCUACGGCAAGCAUGAUACAUAAAAGCAAUUGCUCCACCUUGACUCACAGAUCCACCUUGUUCCAAUCCUAACGCACCAGAUGGGGCCUAGUCCAAGCGAAAGACCCACUCUUUGUGCACUGGGUAGCAGACGCCACAGGAGAACAAAACGGCUACUGGAGUGCGGGUCUGGGAUACCUGAUAACGUUCAUUUUAUGGCAAAAAAGCUCAUACUCAAUGAUCCAUACUGUAAUAUUUAUCAUACAAGCUUGGAAUACCUCGAACUAAGUCUGUUAGGAUGCUAGCAAACUUUUAUGAUCAAAUAUUGCAUACACAUGAAGAUGAACGCUUCAUCUCUAAUCCUCGCAGUAUACGCCGUUUGGUCCCUCCUCGUAGGCGGCAUAGUGCAGAUGUCAGCUAGGAAAGCGUCAGCGGCAGCCACCGCUGGCCAAGGUGAUGGAAAAGGAGUACGAUUGCCUCCAGCUUUGUGAAAAUCAUGUUAAUAUCCGGCUUGAUGCGGACAGGACCAGGAGUGAAAUUAGCUAAAUGAUGUUGACUUCUGCAGCUGUAACUCAUCUGAUUAUUCCUUUGUACUUCUAUUUCAUCAACACAAACUAACUGUCAAACACAUAGGUGGGCUCACACAGGAUCCCAAGUAGGCCAUGUAAAGAAACUGUAGGUACUCACAGAUUAUUCAUCUAUCAUGUAAAAGGCAUGAAUGUUUAUGGGAGAUUUUGUUUUGCAUGGAGAUGCACCUUGAAAGAAACUUGUGAACAGCAAUGCGUGACGAGGUUGAAUCGAGUGUGAAACGCAACGUGAGUUGGUUCAUUACACAUUUGCAUACUUUGUUCAACAAACUGCAAGUAAAGGUCUGCCGGUGUUGAU